GGAAGGACAGAGCUUUUCCGAAGAAGGACGGGUCGGUGCCGUACGGUUCUGCGGUUGAAAAGAUGCUGACCAUUGUCUCGAAUGUGCUGAGAACUUGUUCUCAGAGACAUGCUGGUGCAGUGGUUGUUUCAGCUCGUACCUACGCUGACUUCACAACCCAGGCCACCUUUGAGAUAAAGAAAUGUGACGUCUUCAAGCUGGACGAAGGCCCCGCCACGCAGGUGGUUCUGACUCGAGAUGAGGGUCUGCAGUAUUACCGCAUCAUGCAGACCAUGAGGCGGAUGGAGCUGAAGGCAGAUCAGCUGUAUAAGCAGAAGAUCAUCAGAGGGUUCUGCCACCUGUAUGACGGACAGGAGGCUUGUGCUGUUGGUAUUGAAGCAUCCAUUAAUCUGACGGACCACCUGAUUACUGCGUACCGUGCACACGGCUACACCUACACCAGGGGAGGAACCGUAAAGGAGAUCAUGGCUGAACUCACUGGCAGAAGAGGAGGUAUUGCAAAAGGAAAGGGAGGCUCUAUGCACAUGUACUGUAAAAACUUCUAUGGAGGAAAUGGAAUCGUCGGAGCUCAAGUUCCUCUGGGUGCUGGUGUGGCUCUGGCCUGCAAAUAUCAGGGCAACAAUGAGCUGUGCGUUUGUCUCUACGGUGACGGUGCUGCCAACCAGGGUCAGAUCUUUGAAACCUACAACAUGGCUGCUCUGUGGAAGCUGCCAGUGAUCUUCAUCUGUGAGAACAACAGGUAUGGGAUGGGCACGUCGGUGGAGCGAGCCGCAGCCAGCACAGACUACUUCAAGAGGGGGGAGUUCAUUCCUGGUCUCAGGGUGGAUGGCAUGGACGUUCUGUGUGUUCGGGAAGCGACCAGGUUUGCAGCUGAUCAUUGCCGGUCUGGGAAGGGCCCGAUCCUGAUGGAGCUUCAGACGUACCGCUAUCACGGCCACAGCAUGAGUGACCCUGGCAUCAGCUACCGCACACGUGAGGAGAUCCAGGAGGUCCGCAGCAAGAGUGACCCCAUCUCCUUGCUGAAGGAUCGCCUCAUCAGCAACAACAUGGCCAGUGUGGAGGAGCUGAAGGAGAUCGAUGUGGAGGUGAGGAAGGAAAUCGAAGAUGCUGCUCAGUUCGCCACCACGGAUCCUGAACCCCCUCUGGAGGAAUUGUGCAACCACAUCUAUCACAACAACUCGCCGACCGAGGUGCGCGGCACCAACCCGUGGGCCAAGCUCAAGUCCAUUAGCUAAAGUUCAAGUUGAAUCGUCAAGCCAAAACCAUACUGUCACAGGUGCACACAUCCCAUAAUGCACCACAAACAUCAAAAGCGUCAGCCAUUAAUUUACUUCCACCUUUAACUGACGGGCCUCAUUUACAAAAAUGUUCUGAGGAUUAAACUACCAUUAAAAUGUAAAUGUUCCCUUCAGUUCUACUCAAACUACUCUGACUCUGACUCUGAGUAGUGUCACCGUUAAAGAAGCUACUGCCUGAUUUUCACUUUCCUCACUUAAUUUAAUUUAAUUUUUUAUGCCCUUUAAAGCAGAUUCUAUCCUGAACUGAUAUUUCCAUAAAAACGUUAAUUAGAAAAAAAAAAAAACUGUUGACCUCAAGUGCAUUAAUGGUCAUUGUUGCCACAGAUUGGUUAUUUUUUUAUUAAACAUCAUAUUGAGCCAAA